AUGUCGGACACUAGCGACACUGACACUAUUCCUAACGAUGAGGUUGUCGUUUUUAACCGCCCCCGUCCUGUGCCUGCCCGCCAACAGCGGGGCCAGCCCGCCAAUAACAUGCCGGGUAACCUUAACCCCUUUUAUGCCCCCCCCCCCCCGGCCUGCGAACCCCUUUUUUCCAACCCUGCGGCCGCCGCCGCCCCUCAGGCGAUUAACCCGUUCGCUCAGGCCGCCGCUCCUCCAGUGUUUAACCCGCUCGCCCAUGCCCCUGCCUACGCAGCCCAGUUUAUCAACCCGUUCGCUCCGGUCCCCUUAUAUGCCCCUCGAGCUUUUCCCCAGUAUGCCGCUUACCCUGCUGUGCCAAAAGCCACUAUGCCUGCGGCCCAGGGAGUCCCGGCUGCUCCCCAGGCGCGCAAUCCCUUUGCUGCCCCUCCCAAUCUUGCUAACCCCCCUGUGUACCCAAACUUUGGCAACGCUAAUCCCGCAAACCCCCGGGGACACCAAAAUGUGGCCCAUCAAAAUCCUCCCCAACCCCCCUAA